GGGACCCCGGCCCCGCCGUCAUGAUCCUUUGGCUGUGGCUUUGCUUGGGCUUCUCCACCUCGGCGGGGCAGCCCGACUCCGAGCUGAUGGCGAGGUACCUGGAAGAGAAGCUGUUGGCAGACUACAGCAUCAUGGAGCAAGUUGCACGCCGUGUUCCAAGGCAGGCCAAAUUUUUGCAGAGGCUGGAAACUAGGCCUCGGAUGUCUGAAUUCUCUGUGAAAUCCACGAUCAUUUCUCGGUACGCUUUCACCACGGUGUCAUGCACAAUGGUCAACAGUGGGUCAGAGGCACGUGAAGCUGUGUUUGAGAUGCAGAUUCCAGCUGCAGCCUUCAUCUCCAACUUUACCAUGAGCAUUGGCAACAAGACUUACUAUGGAGAGGUCACAGGGAAAGACAAGAAAAAUAGCAGUGAUGACCAAGCAAGGCCCAAGAAACCUCCUAGCCCCACAGAUGGAAGGGAGAAUGGCUAUGAGACAUUCAAAGCCUCUGUCUUCAUUCCUCGCAAGAUGCAGGCCAAGUUCCUACUGCAUUAUGAAGAGCUGCUGCAACGGCGACUGGGAAAAUAUGAGUACACAGUCAGCAUUCGGCCCCAGCAGCUGGUGGGGAGGCUACGAGUGGAGGUGAACAUCCUGGAGAACUCAGGCAUAGUUUCACUAGAAGUGCCUCCCCUUCGAAACAGCAAGCAUAAAGGCAAUGGAAAAGUUGAAGGUGAUGUCUCUCCUCCUCCUUCUACUGUAAUUGGACAUACCAAAACCUUAGCUAAAGUUACCUUCAAUCCCAGCGUUGUCGAGCAAACCAGGAUUGCCCGAAAUGGCAUUUUGGGAGACUUCAUAAUUAGAUAUGAUGUCAACAGGGAACUGAGUAUUGGGGAUGUUCAGAUCCUUAAUGGGUAUUUCGUGCACUACUUCGCCCCUACAGAUCUUCCUCCCUUGCCAAAGAAUGUUGUAUUUGUGCUUGACAUCAGUGCUUCCAUGGUGGGAACAAAACUGAAACAGACCAAAGAAGCUCUCUUCACCAUUCUCCAGGACCUAAGACCUGAAGACCAUUUCAAUAUCAUUGGCUUUUCCAACCGAAUCAAGGUCUGGCAGAAGGAUCACCUGGUGCCUGUCACUCCAAAUAACAUAAGAGAUGCCAAAAAGUACAUCCACAACAUGUCACCUACUGGAGGGACUAACAUUAAUGAUGCUCUCCAAACUGGUGCAAAGCUGCUAAAUGAUUACAUUGCUCAGAAUGACAUUGAUGCCAGGAGUGUCUCUCUGAUCAUCUUCCUCACGGAUGGGAGGCCCACUGUUGGGGAAACACAGUCGUCCAGAAUCCUCAGCAACACCAAGGAUGCCAUCCAUGAUAAAUUCUGCCUCUUCACCAUUGGCAUCGGCAAUGAUGUGGACCACAAGCUGCUGGAGAGGAUGGCACUGGAAAACUGUGGCAUGACAAGACAUUUCCAGGAGGAUGAGGAUGCAGCUAGCCAACUCAAAGGGUUCUAUGAUGAAAUAGGAACACCUCUUCUCUCUGACAUUCGUGUUGAUUACUCUGAAGACAAUGUGGAACAAGUCACUCAGAACUUCUUCCCCAACUACUUCAAUGGCUCUGAAAUUAUAAUAGCUGGCAAACUCAUCAACCACACCUCAGAUAGUCUUCAUGUGGAGGUGACUGCUAGCAACUCCAAGAAAUACAUCCUCCUGAAAAAAGAUGUGGCUAUUGACCUGCUGAGCAGGAAUGACAUCAGAGGAGUUCCUGGCCUGGAAGAUGGUAGAGGUGAUAACAAUUACAUCGAGAGGGCAUGGAGUUAUCUCACCAUCAAGGAACUGCUUAAUUCCAGGUUGAAGAGUGAUGACAAUCAGGAAAAAGACUAUUUGAUGGAGAAAGCUAAGUCAAUGGCCCUGGCCUAUAAUUUUGUUACUCCCUUCACUGUUCUGAAGAUGAAAGAGGUUGGGCUCCAUUCAGAACCAUCUCAAGAGGAAUUUAUCAGCCCUUCUACUGAUGGCAUUGGUGAGAAGUUGCAGAGCUUGCAGGGACACAAGGCACCACCAGGUAUACGUCAAAAGCAAGAUAAACAAAGAAUUAAAGUCUCCAAAACUUCAGCGGAUGGAGACCCUCACUUUGUCAUUGAUUUUCCCUCCAGCAAGCUCUCAGUUUGCUUCAAUAUUGAUGGAGAACCAGGGGACAUUCUCCGACUGGUUUCUGAUCAUAAGGAAUCUGGUGUAACUGUGAAUGGGCAGUUAAUUGGAGCUCCUGCACCACCCAAUGGCCACAAGAAACAUCGGACUUACUUCAGCACCAUCACUAUCCUCAGCAAUAAGCCAGAAAGAUCCUACCUAGAGAUCACACCCAAAAGAAUCAUCCUGGAUGAUGGGGAAAGACUCCUUCUGUCCUGCGGUCGGAGCGCUGCUGUGCGAAGCAGCAGCCUCGAGGUGUCCAUCUCUGCCAAUGCCAACGUCACAGUGACAAUAAGAGACACGAUCAGCUUUGUCAUCCUCAUCCACCAUUACAAGAAGCCAGCCCCAUAUCAGAGGAAUCACCUGGGGUUCUACAUCUCCAACAGUAAAGGCCUCUCAUCUGACUCCCAUGGACUACUGGGUCAGUUCUUGAACCACGAAGUUAAACUUCUUCAGGAAUCCCUAAACACAAGUCAUCUGCAGGUUGGUCAGAACCAAACAGAAGCAUUAAAUCCAAAGCCUACAAACACCCUGAGUGUGAAGGGCCGGCUUGUUCCUGUGGUGUGGAAGCAGAGGAGGAUCUACAAUGGCCAGAAGGAGGUUGACUGCUGGUUUGCCAAAAACAAUGCAGACAAACUCAUCGAUGGAAACUAUAAAGACUAUUUGGCUUCUCAUCCUUUUGACACAGGGACCAGCUUUGGGACAGUUAACAGCCUUUAAGGCUGCAUUACAGCAGCAUGUGACAGUGGUUCCUUUCUGAAGCCUCUAGAGCUAGGCAACUUCUGAAUACUUCUGAAGCCUCUAGAGCUUAGGCAACUUCUGAAUAGUUCUAUAUUUUUUGGUGCCAAAGAAAUCAAGGCUUUCUGCCCUUGGAAAUCAUCUGUCUCUCUUCCAUGCUGGAUGAAUACUGGUCAUCACAUUCCUGGAGAAAAGGAGCUUGGGGAGGGAAGGAUUGAGGACAUGUUUAAUGUGCUCUUCCAGCAGGAAGGGAAGGAGAAAUGGGCUAGCAGUAACAUCAAAUGGGGCAGAGAGAUGCUGGCUUUCAAAAUAAAGCUAUGCAGGACUCUGUGCAAUAGCUCCAGGGGCUGGGGAGUCACCCAGGGAAAGGCACAGCUCAUACAGUACAGUGCCUAGCUAGAGAGACAGCCUUGGGAGAGAUGCCUUGCCAAGAAAUGACUUGGAACACUUGCUUCAGCCAUGGUUCCUGGGGAAGGAAGAGAGAAAAGUGGGUAGAUAUUCAUCUUCAGUGACUCAUUAGCAUGAAAGAAGUAACAAAUCAAAACCUUGAGACAAAAUGCCACACAAGAGGGGAUUGCUCUCUUGGUUGUUGAGCUGGGAUCUGGAUUUGCAACUAAAUACAAUGUUCCCUAAAUCACUAUGGACCCUUAAAACAGAGGUGAGCACCUGCAUGUGGUUUAUUGCUCUUGCUGUGCAUAGGCUGCAUCUCUGGUCUUGAGCAGCAAGAGGAGUGGUACAGGCUCCCCUUCCAUGAAGCACUACAUUUAAGUAACAUUGCAGGUUUAGUGACUUGAGUCUUGACUCCAUCUAAGAAAAACAAAUUCCCACUGUGAGCUUCCAACAGAUCUGUCAUCUCCUUCAGCAGAGCAUAACUUCUGCUUAGCAGAGAUCUGAUUCUCCACAUGGUGGUGAUGAACCAGCACCCUUAAUGACUUCUAUGACCCUGCAAAACAGCAUCUUGACUUUAGACCAGACAUUUCUGGCUGCAUUUCUAAUCAAGGAGAAGUCUUUCUUUAGUCCAAAUUCUCAAAAUUUUUUUCAUCCCACUUUCCCCUGGCUCCUUCUCUCCCCUUACACUGCAGGAAUUCGUACAGAGCAGGAAUUUGGCAGCAGGAGGUCACAGAAGGGCUCGCCAGCAACCCCCACUGCAGGUGGUGCUGCUCUGCAAAGAAACCUCUGCAAGGCUGUGGGCUGUUUCAAAGUGAGGCGUCACUGACUAACGCUAUAGAUCAGUCACAAGGGAGUUUGCUCAGUAGUGAACCUGGCCAAAGAGGACUGCAACAAAGACAAUGGCAAGGCCAAGUUGAGCUCAUGUAUACACUGCCUUUCCAGAACUGGAAGGAGGGUGGGUGUGGAAGCAUCUCCAGGAGCUAAAUGAUAUCCAUCUGUUAGGACAAAACAGAGUUGCCAGAGACCUACAGAAAUCACGACUGAUUUUUCUCAUAUUUAAAUAAAUUGUAUUGUUGCUGUAGGAGAUGAAGCUGCUGGGCUGGGGUGGUGGUUUUCCAGUUGCUUGAUCAUCUGGCUAGUACUGCUCACACUGUGGUAGCAGAGCAGGUAACAAGCAUCCUUGCUUAUUCACACCUGUGUACUCUGGAGAGGUCAACAGCCAAAAGCAACCAGCUAGAUUUAAUUGCACUCUGGAAGAGCCAUGAAGAGAGCUAAGAUAGUGUGAAACUCAUGGCAAAGCUCACACUUCAAAAUGGAAACAACUGCUUUGGGCCCAGCAAGGGCUCUCCUGCAAGGGAGAAUGAAAGGCAACACAUUCAGCAGUCCUGAGCAUGCAAUAACCAGAAAGGUUAAUGCUCUGAAGCACGGUCAUGGCCCAGAAGUUAGAUGAGAAAAAGUAUCUGGGAAGUUAACUUCUCCACUCAAGAAAGGAAUGGAAAGAUCUCAGCCCAUUUAGGAAUAACCUGCCCUUUCAGGAGCAGAGCAUGGCAGUGAACUCCUAGACAGUCCAGAGCUUGGCAAGUGUCUUCUUCAUAUUACCCUUACUAAAAAAGAUUUUGAAAUCUUCACUCUUCUCCCACAUUUUGCUGUUCAAGUGCAUUGUAGGGGGAGCAAAUGGCUUCAGCUCUCAUCUCUCCUGUAUAUGGAUAUGUGCACAUAUAUAUAUAUAUGUGCACACAUGCACAUUGCUGAUGGUUCAGGUGCACCAUCAGUUCUCUUCCUCUAGCCAAGGAAAUGCAUUUCUUUCAGGGCCUGAAAAGAAUAAUGAUCAAGUCCAACUUCCAAGCCAUAUAAAGCACCUGGAGCAACAUACCCAACCUCUUAUUAAAGCUCCAGUUACCCAUUUCACAAUAAAUAUCUUACAGUGAA